CUCCUCGCCUCUUUCUUCCACAACCAAGUUUUCUUUGAUGGAUUGUCGUUAUCGGCCGAUGUGAUUUGUCGAUUUCUGUAAAAAGGAAAGGAGUCUAUCCCAUUGUCUUACCUGCUUCGUCUCCAUUCGCUUGUCUACUCCGUCUUGGCUCGGCCGUCGGCGGAGGUCUGCCUCCGCCUUCCUGAGGAUAGUCGCGUUUCUGUCGCAGACGAGGACGAAAGGCAGCUGCUCCUCCGUGACAAGAGGUUUAGGGAGAAAAUGGCAGAUAUUCAGCUUGGCGCUCACACUAUAAGAUCCCAUGGAACCACAGUAGCAAAAUUUCAUAUGCAUGACUGGAUCAUACUUAUACUUCUUGGCAUUGUAGAUAUCAUAUUAAACGUUAUAGAACCUUUUCAUCGUUUUGUGGGAAGAGAGAUGUUGACAGAUCUGAGAUAUCCAUUCAAGAGUAACUCUAUACCUUUUUGGGUUGUCCCGAUCAUUGGGAUUUUGUUACCAGUUCUUAUCACCAUCGGCAUAUACUUUAAAAAACAGAAUGUGUAUGAUCUCCACAAUGCCAUAUUAGGUCUUCUGUUUUCCGUGCUUAUUACUGGGGUCUUAACCGAUGCGAUUAAGGAUGCGGUUGGUCGACCACGACCGGAUUUCUUUUGGCGAUGUUUCCCUGAUGGAAAAGAUGUUUAUGAUAACAUAACUACAGGGGUUAUAUGUCAUGGGAAUAAAAAAGAAAUCAGAGAAGGGCACAAAAGUUUUCCAAGCGGCCAUUCUUCAUGGUCUUUUGCUGGCCUCGGUUUUUUUUCAUGGUAUUUGGCUGGGAAAAUCAGAGCAUUUGACCGAAGGGGCCAUGUAGCGAAACUUUGCAUAGUGCUUCUUCCUCUCCUAUGUGCUGCACUUAUUGCAGUUUCUAGAGUGGAUGACUAUUGGCAUCACUGGCAAGAUGUCUGUGCUGGGGGUCUUUUAGGGUUGGUGGUUGCUUCAUUUUGUUAUUUGCAGUUCUUCCCACCUCCUUAUGAUGUGGAUGGUUGGGGCCCCCAUGCAUAUUUCCGAGUGCUCGCUGAGUCACGGUCACAAGACGGUCCAACUUUGGUUGCUACAGAGAACGUGAACAUGGUGCCGAUGACAACUGAGCCAUUAUAUAUCCAAUCUGCGGACCAAAACCAUUUGGCCUUGCGAGAUUCGGCUCCAGUUCUCGAUGAAAUGGAAGCUGGUCUUGAUAGGAGGAUGCAGUGAAAUCACCAGAAUCAGCUUGUAGUUAUUUGAUAAUCUUUUUGUGCUAGCAUGUGUGAGUGUUUUGAAUUGUGGUAAGCUGUAUUACUGUAGGUUAAUUGUUAGCAAAGUUUGUGACGGUUUAAUUUAUCUUGUUUGUGCAGGAAAUUAGGAGCAUUCAUGCAAUGUGGUUGUUUAUAUUGACAGUUUGUUUCCUUAGGUUUUCAACUGAUUCAAGUAGAACUGAUCUUCAUAGUU